ACGACGUUGGAGUCACACGUCUAAUGAGGCGACGUACUUAUCCAUGACGUUGGAGUCACGCGUCUAUUGAGGCGACGUAUCCUUCUCUCACGUAAAAGUACACGACUGUCUCCUUCGGUAGGCAAUCGUGGCACUAUCCACUCGCCACACCCGGGAAGCCUUUAAAGUGGCAAUAUCCACUCGCCAUACUUCUAGUAGGUGGGUCGCGUCGCGUGCAGUGUUCGCUGUCAAGAGUCUAUGUGCGUGAUCACGUGCUUCUUGCCGCAUCUGAAGGAGAGCACAGAGAGAUUCAAGGAGAGGUCAUUGACGUUAUCCGUCUACAUUCGACAGUUUUCACUUCACAGACAGCAGACACGUUAUCUUUAAAACCCUGAAUUAGUUCGCUCUUUUGACGUAUGGGUUGCAGAUGAUGUGCCAUCGCUAAUAUGAUGCGCUUUAUUCUGGACUGCCUGCGGCCAGCAAGAGCGCGCGCUGCCGCCGCUGCAAGGGAGCCUGUGGAGCUUCAGGUUCAGGAGAAAGGCACUGAAGAUGAUAAUGAAAUCAAGGAGCUGAAGGAUGAGCUGAAUAUGGAGGAGGAGAAUCUACAGAAGGUCAAGGUUUUGUGUCAUGAAACACGGAAGACUAUGGAGAAUCUGGAAGAGAAGAAGACACAGCUUAGAGAUCAACUGAAAAUCAUUCAUGAUCUCCACAAACAGGAGAAGUAUAUGCUGCAGUCACUGCAGGGUGAGCAGCGGGAGCUGCAGCAAACACUAGAGCAGUACAAGAUGGAGCUUCGUGCAGCGAGUGACGACCUACUGCAUCUCCAGGUGGAAGUGACCUGUGCCAAAACACGUGCAGAAAUAAUGCAUGAAUACAUCGCUCCACUGCAGGACUCAUUCAAAGAGAUCGAACAGGUUAAACAAAAGCUGGAUGAGCUGAUAGCUGGCCUAAUGACAGACAAUAUUAUUGAGAUGACAGAAGAAGCUGCUGGUGAGGUAUUGGAACAGGAGUCCAUAAGGAACACAGAUGUUGAGAUCAUCACAUCCAAUCAGAAGUCAGAGGAAGUGGGACAUGUGGAGCGGGAGAGCACUGCAGAGAAGCUUGAUAAAAUGCAGUGUUCUGCAGAGAACCUGAAGAGCAGCGGCUCAUCGUCUUUUACUGAGAUCACAUUGACUGAAGUCAAAGAGGAGGAUGUAAUGUUCAGAUCAAACACUCCACAGUUGGACUCGUCUGAUAUGGAGGAGGAAGACUUAGAGAUUGUUCAGGCCAGUCUUGCAACACACAGAAAAUUUAACUUCUUCCAUCCAAACCCAUUCACCGAUGGUGAUGUGUUUGGAGACGACCAUUUUCCAAAGGUUGACGUGACAGGUUUACCAAGGGACCCAUUCAAAGGCACAGACCCAUUUGCCUCUGACACAGCGUUUGUUGACAUAUCAGAGGAAAAGCGUUGUCAAGAUGGCUUCAUCACUGCAGAGAACAGUCUUCCAGAAACCAUACACUGCCCUCUUCAGUCUGUUGGGAAAGACAAAGACUAUGGAACCUUUAAUGCUCCAUUCAACAUGCCAUUUGGUGCUGAUUUCAAACAGCCCCCUGGAGAGCUUGAUCAUUGUGUUUCUAUGCUCACUGAAAGUAGAAGUCUUAAAUCUUUCAGGGACGCCUGUCCCAAAGUUGGAACAAACCCCACACAAGGUCAAAAUCUUGAUUCCGUGCAACCAGAUGUAUCAAAAGAAGGUGCCAGUUCGUGGCCCGAUAAAGAUGGUGUCCAUGAAUCCGGCUCUAGUCACAGUUCGACAUCCUUUAAUUCUUUUGAUGUUGAUUGCAAUACAUUUGCUGGAGUUGAAGAUGAGGAAGACAGGGUACGAGUCCAGGCUGGAUUCAGUUUCACUGGAAGGGAUGUCUCUCUAUGUGGUUUACAGAGCAUCAUUGCAGGGUCCUAUACUGGGUUUCCUCUCAGUCCAUGUGACCCUAAGCCUUUCCCAGGCAUAGGUGACACUGAGAAGGCUUUUGAACAUCAGAAUGGUAUCUCUUCUGAACAAAAUGAUGUGAAUGACAAAGAUUGUUAUCAGUCUGAACUUGGAAAUGCAGAGAGUUGUUCCCUGGAUCUUGGGUUUAAUAGUCCAGAUUCUCCGUGUGAAGAGUUGCAUGAUGUAAAUGGUGAUGCCUGUAAUCUAACUUCUAUUUGUGAUUCUCAACCCUCUCCUUUAGAUGCAUAUGACUACAAAUAUGGAGAUAUGUUCUUUUUCACGGUGAGAUUAGAUCCUGGUAGCCCUGAGAUACAUAAUCCUAGUCCAGUUUGUUCUGAACCCAAUGAUUUGAAGAAUUGUCAGUCCCUCAGCCAGCUGCCUUGGAAGGAGAAUCCUUUAAGCCUUGAGUUUAAUGACACAGAUGAAUUUAAAUGUUGUGCUCCAAAGCCUGAAUAUACCAAACAACACAGCCUGAUCACUGAUGACCAAAAGGGUUUUUACAAAAUGGAGCUUAUAAACAAAGAGGCAAACAGCCCCCCACCUAAACAAAAUGAAAAAUUAAGGUCUGAUUCAGAGACAGGGAAUUCACAUGCCUGCCAAAACAUGCUACAUUCAGAGAAUGAUGAUGAAUGGAAAGCAAAUCUAGGUGUAGUUGAACAUGACCCAUUCAGUCCCGUAGCCGCUGGGUCAGCCGAAUGUAUAUCUGAAUUUGAAGAAAUUUACACUGUGUACUCUUUCUCUUAUGAUGCUCCAAGAUUAGAUUCUGGUUAUCAUGAAGCUGGUACUCCUACCCGUUUUAGUUCAGAACCGACUGACCCCAGCAAAUGCUGUAUUGAUCUUAAAGGCCCGUGUUUGGAAACGAUUAAGCAGAGCAACUCUAAAAUCCAUGUCCCUGAUCCAUUCAGUCUUGAAUCAGUUGAUACGGGGAUAUUUGGCUCAGAAACGGAAAACUGUGAGUCUGGUUAUAUGAUUGCCAGGUGUCAGCCCUUCAUUCCUCAAAUGGCUUACACAUAUUUGAGCAAUCCUGACGAGAAGCAGAUGUCUUUCAUCAAUACUGAAUCCUGUGACGUGCUAAGUGAUCAUUUCAAUGGAUCAGAACUUGGUGAUUGUGACUCUUUCAGUUCUUUUCCACAUAAUAUAGAAAGCCAUGAUGUUUAUAGUAGUGAGGAAAAUGUUAUUGCUGGAUCAAUCCAAAAUGGAUCUGCCACUAAUGGAGAAACCAUACCUAGCUCCAUGGUGUCAAAUCCUAAUAGUUCUUCUCAGGUAAUCCACUGCGGUUCUGUGAGGAGAACCUCUGAAAUGAGCCAUAGUUACCCUGAGGUUUUUGACUCUGUUAAAGUGUCAAAGAACUCCAUGAUACAUGUUGUUUUUGAGUCUGAGUUUGACCACUUUGGGCCCAAUAUAAAUAAACAAGCUGAAGAGGCAAAACAUUUGAAGGUAAAUAUUACAAAAAUGGCUGACCUUGCUGAGAUUGACUCUUUUUGCUCUGAGCUGAGUAAAAUGGUGUCCUCACAUUCUUCUGAUUCUGUGCAGCUUAGUGUUGCGGAGAUGUUAUUUGGCUCUGAUCCAAACACCUCCAGAUUUUACCCCUGGGAUUUUGAAAAGCAGCAGCAUAGUUGUUAAUUUUACUCCUCUUAUGUUUUAAAGAAGUAGUUCAACCAAAAUGACAUCAUUUACCCACCCCCAUUCUGUUCCAAACUGUAUGACUUUCUUUUUUCUGUGGAACAGAAAAGGAGAAAUUUUGUGGAGUGUUCAGGCUGCACUUUUCCUUGCAGUGGAAAUAAAUGGAAAUACUGAUUUAAAGAAAUUAUUCACCCCAAAUUGAAAACUCUGUCGUGAUUUACUCUGUCGUGAUUUACUCACCCUCAUGUCAUUUCAAACUUGUAUAAUAAGUUUAUUGCCAUGGAAGACAAAAGGAAAAAUCUUGGAAAUCUUCACACAUCAUCUUGCCACAUAAUGAAAGUGAAUUGUGACACUGGGAUAUCAAGCUCCAUCAAGCACCAGAAAAACACCAUGAAACCUCAGUAAAACAAACAAACCUAGUUCACAAGUAACGCAAGUUCAAAUGAGGUUUGAUGUUAUUGACGUAUCGCCAUAUUUGAUCUUACCAUUGUAAAUAUAGAAUUCAUAUAGAGUAAAUAUAUUCAUCAAUGAUUUGAUUUGAGACAAAUCAUUUGAUUUGAACAACUUCAAUUUCAGUCUGUUCAUUACACGAAGUGAUUAUGGCUUUAGUUUUUCUACAUUCAUGUAAUCUUUAUUUGUACAAUGCUUUUCACGAUGCAACGAUUUCACAAUUGUUUCAAAGCAGCUUUUAUAGUAAAUCAUUCCUUUUAUGUCUUUAAGCCCCCAGUGAGCAAGCCAAAGGUGACUGUGGCAAAGAAACAACUCCAUUCAAAGUAGUUAGUGGAUAGAAAAAACCUUGAGAGGAACCAGAGUUAGCUUUAAGGAGCCCAUUCUCCUUUGGCUUUAUAAUAAAUGUACAUAUUGUAGGAUUUUAUAUGUAAAUAAUUAGUUUAAGAAUCUUGGCCGUAGGAUAAAUGACAAAUUAUCAGAUUAGAAUUCUGAUUAAAAUUUAGAUGUCCAGCUGGGUUCCCAUGUGGACUUUCCUCUUGGGUCUUCUGAGGAAUGUUGUGUGUCCCAUGGUUUCUCCCAGCGGUUGGUCGUAUACUUGGGUCUGACGCUGGUGUAAAAUGGUCACAUUCUUUGCCAUCUGUGGGUUCUCUUGGUGCAUUGUUGAAGAGCCUAGCUUUGUUGUGGCACCACAUGUCUUCAACUGCCAGCCCUUGGGUUUCAGUGGUGAGGCUUGAGACAGAUGAUGUCUCGGGGGCUUCUUGUGAUGCUAGCUUUUGUUUGGCAUAAGCCUUGUGUGCCAAGUCACGUAGCUGUUGGGUUGUCAUCUUCCGAGGGCAGACUGUGACCCCUAGAUGGUAGUUCACUGUGGGAUGAAGGUUUCUGAGGAAGAUGGCUUUGAAGUUAAUUUCUUCUUCCAUCUCAGGUUCGUUUGGAGUCGGUUGUAGUAGACUUGGGAAAUUUCUUGCUGACCCUAUUUGGUGUCCAGGGCAGUGAACAGUCUUUGAUCAGACUCUGGGUCUGAAAAUUCUUGUAUCAGGGCCUCUCAUAGAAGCUGAUAGUCAGACUUUGUGUGAGCUGACUGUCUAUCUAGAAUGCUUCUCACCUCAACUUUGGAUGUCAUCCAGAGUAAGUAGAGUCUAUCUCUAUUGGUCACCUGAGGCCUUGUUUUCAGGUGGGAGUCGAUGUCUCGCAGGUAAGCAUGGAUUAAGUGACCCCCAGUAGGAUUCGGCGUGAACAUGUCAAUGUUCCUGUCCAGCUUGUCAAGGUCUUUGAGGGCCAUUCUAUGUUCUGCCUCAGAGUUUGCUUGGAUGGGUCCCCCGUCUCUGUCAUUGGCGAGGGGUCCUUGGAAGAGGGCCGGUGAAGUUUUGUGCUGUGGGCCCUUGUUUCUUUCAUCAUAUGGGGUAGGCGACGGUUACCUGGUGCUUUACUCUGCGAUUUAUUUAUGGACGUGGUUGCGUUGAGUUGCUGGAAUUGGGAUUGCAUCGAUAAACACAAAGAGAGAGUGGUUGCGUGAGAGUCGACUAGGGAGAACACACAAAAUUUGGUUAAUGAUUUGACAUUUCAUGAUGAUUCUUAAUUAUGACAAAAAUUGUAACCAGAAUUAUUAAGGGUUCUCAAUAGGCUUGGUGUCUAGACUUCAAACAGUAGGGAGAAAGAAAGAAAUCCACCAAUAAAUGUUUUGUUGUUAUCCUUAACAGCAAUCUUGAAAAAUUCUGAUUGAGACUUGUUGCAACAGAAAUAUUUUAAUGAGUGAGAUUUUGUCACAUUACAAAUCCACAAAUGGGAAAUGGAUGAAGUCUUAUAUUGUGGAGCCUUGAGGUGAGUUGACUUUACUUGAGUGGGUAUCCACUGUGAGAGACAGAUCACCUCAAUGCCCACCAAACAACAGGGAAAAAUUUAAAUAAAUUAAAAACAAUAAAUGAAUAAAAUAAAACUGGAAAGUGAGGAGUUGUAGGUAAUAAUAGGAAUGAUAGACAACAAUAUGUUUCCUGUAAACUCUGCUCCAGACCAAUUAUUAUCUAAAAUAGGUUAAGAAUAAAGGUGAUAAAAGGAAAAGGAUAGAAAGAUCAAUUUUAAUCAACUCUCCAAUUAAACUAAAUUUAAAUGUAACUCAAUCGCUCAUUAAGAAACAGUAUUUUAGUUUGAUGAUAUGAGGGUGAUGGAGAGGGAGAAAAACUGAAUAAAAAGUCAGGAAGAGACCAAAGAUGUGUUAAGUUUGAGAUGUUUAAGGGGUUAAAUCACUUCAACACUGCCCAAAACACAAGCUGUAUUUAAUUGUAACAAGCCACAGGAUGUUAACCACUAACCUUUAAUGCUAUAGCUAUAGGUAAGACUUUCAAUAGAAGGCUGCUAAUUCAAGUUAGCUUAGCUACACUGUGCUAUGUUUACAAUAUGGUUGCACAUGUGCGAUGAGUUGCCCCGGAGUCUCUUAGGACUUCCUGUGAGGACCCAUUCAUCAUGACAACAAACACCAAUAUCACUGAUUUACGCGUGUUUCUUUUUCUUGAAUGGAAGCACAGUUUCAGCAACCACAUGAAUGUCAGCAUGUUCAACAAUGCACAAAUAACAGCCAUCACAUUCAGCUCAUCGUAACUCAACGUGGUGCUUGCAAUUUCAAUUAAUUCAAAGCAAAUCUUAGUUCACAAAUAAAAAUAUGAAUUAAAACAACACAAUUAGCUGUUUACAGCGUGGUAUUUAUCACUCUAGUUCUUUUAAAGAGCAAUUCUUAAGCAAUGCAUGUUACAGACAACAAACAUAAUUGUUUUACAGAGUGGCGCUUGUAAUUUUAACUCGUUUGGAGCAAGAUUAAUCUAUAUUUAAGCGAUAGGUUUACUCAAUGCCCACCAAACAAAAGGGACGUUGUUUAAACAACAACGUAAUUUGAUCAGAGUAGAUUUUCGUGCUAAUUUCUGUUAGACCCUGCUGUGUAUCUAAUGACAGUACACAGAUUUACUGCAAAUCUUUAAAUUGAUCAAGCGUUUAACAAUUCCCAUUCAAAUUACAUUCAGACACAGAUGCACAAUGUUUCACGAUUUGUAUCAAAUUUGCUCAGCGAAGGGCGAAGAUUAGAACUUUAGUUACCCUUACAUUUAAACCACAGAUAGUAAAAAAUAGCCUAGUUGAAUGCACUCUCAAUGACAUAAAUCUAGCUAUAAAAUAAGACAACUUAGGAUAAUACUGAGGCGCAUCACUCAGUUUUUCAUUCCUUAUGGUACUGCGAGGAGAUUCCUUCAUCCUGGCAGGUCAAACCUUAUUCUCAAUAAGACUUUAACUUCAUUCCAUAAACUGUGCCUGGGUUUGCUUCAAAAGGGAUAAUUUAUGUCUAAUCUUGCACUUUUUCAUGAGCGCUGAAGGCGUUACACCUUUCAAUCGUAAAGGGAGGAAAAUACGUGUUGUCACAACAACAGUCUCGUUGUAUCUGCUCACAAUUUAUAUGUAAGGAAUUUAGCUCAAGAAGGGAAUCAGAAACUAACGAAACUACUUUACAAUGUUGUAUUUAUGAUGUCAAUAUUGUGCACCGCAAUACUGACAUCAUAAACACAACAUUGUAAAGUAGUUUUGUUAGUUUCUGAUCUGUUAUCUGGAUCCAAAGUAAAGAAUGAAUGUGUGUAUAAAAAGACAAACAACAUGUUUAGAUUAUGCCUGCAUUCUCCACCAAUAAUUGCAGGAUUUUUAUGUGUAAAUAAUUAGUUUAAGAAUCUUGCCUGCAUUCUCCACCAAUAAUAUGUAGGAUUUUAUAUGUAAAUAAUUAGUUUAAGAAUCUUGACUGCAUUCGACCACCAAUAAAUGUAGGAUAAAUGACAAAUGAUCAGAUUAGAAAUAGGAUUAAAAUUCUCCACCAUUAAGUAUGUAAUACAACAGUCUCGUUGUAUCUGCUCACAGUUUAUAUGUAAGGAAUUUAGCUCAAGAAGGGAAUUGAUUAAUUCAGAGAAUAUUGAAAGAAUUAAGGUUUAUGUCUGAUCACUCUGUGGCCCGCACUGAGUUGAUAUGAUGUAUCUGUUAAUUCUUUAGAGUAAUACUAUUCUCAUGGCCAUUGAAAAUAAUAUCACAAAUAUGUUGAAAUAUUGUUUGAGCAUGGAGCGUACAUCUUAAGAAUCAAGUGACGAGUUACUUAUCAAAAUAUACCACAGUCAACUUCUCUUUAAAUACAAAAAAAUCUUUGACUAAACUACACCAUAAACUAAACUAACACACAUCAGAAAAACAUGAACAGGUUAAUGAAUGAGUUUUGAUGGAGAAUGAAUGGAAAUAAUCUGUAACAUGAAAAUGAACUUUAUGGAGUCCUUAUACCAUGCUUGGAUGUCUGCAAUCCCGGAUGUAUUUACAGGUAUGGUCAUUCUAGGUACAUACAGUUACCAUGAUAUGAAAUGACUUAAACUGUGAUAUAAGAUUUUGGUUUCACAGGAUUCCUCCGGACAUUUGUGGUGCACUGAGAUUUUCCUGAGGAUAAUCCCGACCACACACAUUGGAAGUGUCUGGAGAAUUCCAGGUGUACCUAGCUGAUGUCCUCUUUUUUUGUGUGUGUGUGUAAAGAAACAAGCUUUUAUAUUAUUGACUGUUUAUGGAAUUUUAUACAUUGGUCAUGGUCACAAUAUACAUAACGUAUCUUAUACAUUGUAUAUUAAAGGAAUAUAAUAACAUAUCAUAUAAAGAUAAAAUUGUAUAAAAAUAUGCUGACAAUAUCAUAUAUACUGAAAACUUGCUGUUAACAUGUAUGUAAUGUACAUCUGUACAUAUGUUGGAGGGGGAAUGUGCAGUGGUGAGCCUGAAUUGCAUUUUAAACUUGAAUGAAUUGCAUUAAGUGAAAUACAUAUUAAA